AUGGCCUCAAAACAGAUUGGCCCUGUUACCAGGGCCUGGUACAAGUGGAAAGCUCUCCGCCUACCAUGGCGCAAGCGUUUCCUCAUGGGUUUUGAUCUCCAAGGGAAUACAUACUGGGAGUUUCGACUUACGCGCGGCGCCGAGAGCCGCGAGCGCUGGCGGCGAAUUGUCCAAUAUCCAGGAUCAACCCAUCUUUCAUCUGUAAAGGUCAGCCCUAUGUGGCAUCAAUGGCUACGACACACACGAGAGGAGCCCCCGACAAUUGAAGAACAGCAAGGCGAUGUAGUGCGUCAGGCAAGAAUGAAGACACUUGCUGCUGAGGCAGAUGCUCGUUGGGAAGCCAAGCCGCGGGUUAUGGAAGCACCACAGGCUGCCCCAGCACCUUUGCUGCAAUCAGCAAAUGCCGGCUCCUUGGGACAGGACAGCAAGGGUGUCCAGGCUGAUACAAGCGCGAAAAAGAUCAAAGAUAAGGCUGAAAAGAAGGAUGACCCUUGGGCGAAGGCAAAGGCAAAGGCACCAGGCGAGACAUGGCAGCCGUCUGCUUGGACUCCUCCGGCAGCUAAGAAGCGUUGA